GCCCGUCUGCCUUCGGCGUGCAGAUCUCCCCAACUCCAGGACCAGAAAACCCACGCGAAGACCAGAGCAGCGGGUGGACUCGGCACCGGCCGUCGGGACCGCGACGAUGGCCGCCGCCUGGCCUCUCUCCGCCAUCGCCGGCAUCCUGCCGGCCUCCCUCUCGCUGACCCUCCUCCUCGCCACCCUCGUAUCCAUCCUGGUGCUGGGCGCAGCGGCGUUCUUCUUCGAGCACAUCCGCAAGAUAGGAUGCAUGCACUCGCUGGAGAGGUCCGCCGUCUCGGACGCCUUCUUCGAGGACCCCAACUCGCUCAAGAAGGUGCCCUGCCCGUCGGUUUUGGAUCCUCCUGAGAAAUAUAUUUCGUUGAUAGUUCCUGCCUACAAUGAGGAGUAUCGACUCCCCGAGGCUCUUACAGAAACACUCAACUACUUGAAGCGGAGAUCAACUGCUGACAAGUCCUUUUCAUAUGAGGUAUUGAUUGUCGAUGAUGGUAGCACUGAUGGGACCUCUAAAGUCGCUUUCAGUUUUGUAAAGAAACACAAGAUUGAUAAUGUUAGAGUUCUUCUACUUGGAAGAAAUCAUGGGAAAGGUGAAGCAGUCCGAAAAGGAAUGCUUCAUUCACGUGGUGAACUAUUACUCAUGCUUGAUGCUGAUGGUGCAACUAAAGUGACCGAUUUGGAAAAGCUUGAAGCUCAGGUUCAUGCAUUGGCUAAGAAAGCUAAGUCUAGCCCAGGGACAUCUACUAGUUCAUCUCAGAAUCUAUCUGAUGUUGAAGUUGCUGUUUUUGGUUCCCGAGCUCAUCUAGAGAAGCAGGCUCUUGCGACAAGGAAAUGGUAUAGAAACUUUCUUAUGAAAGGUUUCCAUUUGGUAGUUUUGUUGACUGCUGGUCCCGGGAUCAAAGAUACACAGUGUGGGUUUAAGAUGUUCACACGAGCAGCUGCAAGGAAGCUUUUCACAAAUAUCAGAUUGAAGAGGUGGUGUUUCGAUGUUGAACUUGUAUACCUGUGCAAGCGCCUCAGGAUCCCAAUGGUAGAAGUAUCCGUUAAUUGGACCGAGAUACCUGGAUCCAAAGUGCGCAUGACGAGCAUCAUGCACAUGGUAUUCGAGCUCCUGCUGAUCAAAGUAGGUUAUGGACUGGGGAUAUGGAAAAUCGGCUCGUAGAUCCUUGACAUUCUAUGCUGACUAGUUUCUGCAACUCAGUUUGGAGGAAUACUGUACAAUUUUCCGCAAAACCUAGUUGGUCGCCAGCAAAUCCAUUUGGAGGAAUACUGUACAAUUUUCCGAGAUUUUCAAAUCGAGAGCAUCAAUUCACAUGUACCCUAGUGUUUGAUCAUAGAGACGUUGACAGAUGUAGGCCAAAAUUGUUGUCCCAGCUAUAUCCUUUUACUGAUUUGUUAUACAGGAACUC